AUGACAUCCCCCUCACAAGCCAUCGUCAAGCGACAGGCGGACAUCGACAUGGCCUUGAUGCCUCCUCCGCCACCGGCCAAGAAGAUCAAACGACCCUCUACAGUCCUAGACGAAGACAGCUACACGGACGCAUUAUCGCACAUCAUAGCGCGCGACUUUUUUCCAGGUUUACUGGAAAUGCAAACGAAACAGGAAUUUCUCGAUGCUUACGAUUCCAAAGAUAAGGAAUGGAUUGCGCGAGCGGGCAAGAGAUUAUCUGAAGUAAUGACGCCUGGAAGUAACUCAGCUAGGAGGGGAACAAGUACGCCGUAUCGAAAUGUGAUGGAUACACCGACGACAACUAGAUGGGGCAGCGACACACCAGUAUCCGUCGAUGCGACUCCCCGUUCGACGGUAUCGGGUGUCUCUUCGAAGGAUCACCUUGAUGUGUCGAACCUGAGUUUGAACUCGUUUCAAGCCAAAUAUACCAGCGAAGAUAACGAGUCGUUCAACAGUCUACUGGAUAAACAGAAUGCGAAACGAAGGGAAAAAUAUGCUUGGAAAUGGAGCGGGAAUAAGAUUUUGUCUGCGCGACAGAUUGCGCACCGCCAAAGAGAAGCGAAACGGAUCGAAGGACAAGGUGAAGUCAGUACUAGCAAGGAGCUGAUUAUUACUACGGAUUUGGAUUCUAGGCCCGCGGUGCCGGAUACGUGGAAAUCUGCCGUGGAGAAUUCUUUCAUGUUCACGCCCGGUUCUGUGGAAGAGCAGCACGAGACUCGCCAGCAGAAAGCGGAGGCGGCUUCGAAAGCUGGACCUAAGCAAGUUGUGUAUGGAAAUACGAGGAUUGAUAGUAGUACUGCAUUUGGGUCCGAAGAGUCGGCAGUACCAGCAUCUCCUUCUCUCAGCGCCAUCAAAGAUGCAAUCGCUGGCAGAGUACGGCACACGGAUGAUUCAUCCGUAGGAGGAGAAUACACAGGUAGCGAAACGCCACGUGUGAAUGGAUACGCGUUCGUCGACGAGGACGAACCAGAAGAAGACGACGGAGCCGUCUACGAGCGUCUGCGACUUCUAGCCAGCGAGCGGUCGCCCGGCGACACAACGCCGAAUCCAUUCAAUAUUAAGGAAAACAGAAAACGCGAAGAUCUCCAUCACCGAAUGGUGGAUCGCGUGGCGCAGAAAAAGAGAGCUGAGAAAGCAGGCGUCGCUAUAGGGAGUAAUGACGUGCCACGGUUCCCCAGCAGUCCUAACCCGAUGUUCUCGUCAUCGUCAUCAUCAUCGCGCUUACGUACCCCCAUUGGAAGCAAGACGCCGCAGGGAAAGCCGUUGACGCCGGCAGCGCAAAAACUCCUGGCCAAAGUGGGGAAGACACCGAAACACUCUUCGUCUUCCUCUGGGUUGAGGAAUAUGUGGACUCCGACGCCGAGGAGGAAGUAG